AUGAAGACUGCCCUAAUUUUGCUCAGCCUUUUGGGAAUAGCCUGUGCUUUCUCAGUAAAAAACUUAUACCGAAGGGCCAAAUUAGAUGAUUCUGAAGAAAAUGGGGUCCUUAAUCAUAGACAUCGCUAUUAUAUCUACAAAUAUUCCUACCUUUACCCGCCUCUAAAGAGAAUUCCAGUUCAGCACAAUGGUGAUUCAUCUGAGGAAGGUGAUGGUGAAAGCUCAGAAGAAGAGGAAGAGGAAGAGGAGAAUUCAAAUGAAGAAGAGGAAACUGAAUCUAAUGGAAGUGAAGAAUCUACCACUCUAUCCACUACUACCCUUGGAUAUGGAGAGGAGAAUACCACUGCAAGUGGGGAUAUUGGCUUAGCAGCAAUUCAAAAUCCAAAAAAGGAAGAAACAAAUAAUCAAGUUACAAAAAAGGAAGAAAGUGAUGAAGAAGAGGAGGAGGAGGAAGAAGAAAAUGAAGAAAGUGAAGCUGAAGUCGAUGAAAAUAAGGAAGGAGGCAACAGCACCAACCAUGAAAAUGCUGAAGGAGACCAGGGAAAUGGGAAUGGUGGGAAGGAAGAUGGAGAAGAAGAAGAGGAAGUAGAAAAUGGCACUGAAGCCACAGAAAAUGAAGCCAGCAAUAGCACUGAAGUGACAACCUCUCUGAAUGUUGUUUAUGAGUUUACUACCCUUUUAAAAGGGGACUUUGAAGUUACUUCUCCUCCAUAUGAGGAAAACACCAGUAAUCUCUAUGAUAGUGGGUAUGAAGAACCAGUCACUAAUGAAUAUGACAAUGGGUAUGAAGUCUAUGAAAAUGAGAAUGGAGAACCCCGUGGUGACAAUUACAGAGCAUAUGAAGAUGAAUACAGCUACUACAAAGGACAUGCAUACAACGGCUAUGGUCAAGAUUACUACUAUCAUCAGUAAAGACAGAAAAUGGGAUGAAGCCAUUUCUAUUAAUGGUUUGCAUGGUCAUUUUUUACAAGUUGAACUCAGGAAGAUGCAAUAUAUCCUCAGUAUAAUAUGGAGUGGUGCUGCUGCUUUAAAACUUUCUUUGGCCAGUAGGUCAACUUUUUAAAUUAGCUGAAUUCUUAGUAUUUAUCUGGGGUGUAUUAAUGAACGCUCUUGCAAAUCAGUACCACUUCUUAACAAGCAGGAGUAACUUUUGGGAAUUAUAACAAUCCUGGAGAAUGUUUUGGGGUUGCUGCACCACACCCAUUUAGAAAAAAAGUCAAAUAAAUGUUUUUAAUGGCUGGCAUUAUUAUGAAAUUAUAAUAUGUGGUGUUGUUUCAGAAUAUGCCAUCUCAUGAUGCUAAUGGACACUAUACAACAGAUAUAUAG